AUGCUUUCUAGAACGAUUUUAAGAAGUGUACCCUUAGUGGCGAGAACCACUAUUAGGAGUCCCAUAAUGAUGAGAUCCGGUGGAAUUGCCGUAGCUAGUUCCGGACCCGUUUUUGCAAAGAGAAGCUAUCAUGAAAAAGUCCUUGAUCAUUAUCAAAAUCCAAGAAACGUUGGUACUUUGGACAAGAAUGAUAUCAAUGUAGGAACCGGAUUGGUUGGUGCUCCAGCGUGUGGCGAUGUUAUGAGACUUCAAAUUGCCGUUGAUGAAAAAACAGGACUUAUUCAGGAUGUCAAAUUCAAGACUUUCGGUUGUGGUUCUGCCAUUGCAUCUUCUUCAUAUGUGACUGAGCUUGUGAAGGGUAAGAGUUUGGAUGAAGCAUUGAAAAUUAAAAACACUGCCAUUGCCAAGGAAUUGUCAUUACCACCAGUGAAAUUGCAUUGUUCGAUGUUGGCCGAGGAUGCCAUCAAGAGUGCUGUCAAGGAUUACAGAUCCAAGAGAAACACCAAGCCAACCCUUGGUCCCGAUGCGCAGCCAGCUGAAGCCACUGCUUAG